AUGUCUGCUCUCUUGACCCCGCUCAAAGUCGGCUCUGUCACCAUUCCGAAUCGCGUUGGAAUGAGCGCGCUAACGCGUAGUCGCGCAACAAACACCGUCCCUAACGACGUCAUGCUUGAAUACUAUGUCCAGCGUGCGGAAGGCGGCGCGGGCCUUAUCGUCACCGAGGGCGUACUCAUCACUCCCCAAGGCACCGAAUGGCAGGAAGCGCCGGGAAUAUGGAACCAGGCGCAUAUCGAUGGAUGGAAGAAGAUUAUCGACGCCGUGCAUGCGCGAGGCAGCAAGAUCUACGCACAACUUUGGCAUCUUGGCCGUGUCAGCCAUCCCGACGCUCCGCAACAGAUUGCUGCUGGCGUUCCGGUUUACGGACCCUCGCCGAUUGCUGCUCGGGGCGGAAAGUUUAGAUUCCUCCCGGGCUCACCCGGUUAUGUGACACCAACGGAGCUCCCCGACCCCAAGACGAUCAUUGCGCUCUUCAAGCAGGCAGGUGUCAACGCCAAAGCAGCGGGCUUCGACGGUGUCGAACUCCACGCUGCCAAUGGUUACCUCCCCAACCAAUUCCUUGACUCGACUUCAAACAAGCGCACCGACUCAUACGGCGGCUCCGCUGCCAAUCGCUCGCGGUUCAUCCUAGAGGCACUCGCCGCGCUGCAAGAGGUCUACCCGCAGGACGUCUCCAUUAAACUCAGCCCCACGGGCGGGUACAACGACAUGGGCAUGCCGCUCGACGAAACGCUCGACACAUUCGGAUACCUCCUCACGCAAAUCGACCAGCUCCCCAACCCCCUCUCUUACGUCGUCCUUGCGCGCUACAAUCCCUUCCUGGACGUCGAGCUCGACGGCAAGCUCCGCGCAACGCAGUUCGACGUUGUCGAGGCGCUCAAGGGCUACGUCACACGUUCUCUGCUGUUCGUCAACUCUGCGCUCCAGGUCGCGGAUGCGGAGGCGUAUGUCGGGGACGGUACGGGCGUCGUCAAGGGCGUAUUCUUCGGACUGCAUUGGCUGACGCACCCCGACCUUACGCGGCGCAUCGAGCAGGGCAAGCCACUGGACAAUACACCUGAUUUCGCGCAUCUCUAUGGCGCGGAAGGCGUCGACCCUGCUAUUGGGUAUACGGAUUACAAAGUGGCAGUUUGA